AUGCACUGCCGUUCCAACGAGGUUCCCUACGCGAGAGAUUUCUUCUCUAUCGGCGGUCGUUCUGCAAAGGGAGCUUCUGGGACCAUCACCGUUGAUCAGAUCUACGUGGAGAAAUUGACGCCUACCAAGCAAUGGACUCAGAAGCAUACUCUUGUCUUCUUCCACGGAGGUGGUCUUUCAGGAAGUACUUGGCUCAACACACCUGACAACCUCGAGGGAUGGGUUAGCUACUUCACCAGGAGAGGCUACGUUGUGUACUUGGUCAAUAACAAUGCCAUCGGUCUUAGUGCUAAGAACGCUUUCUCUAGCUUCCCCAUGGCCGCGGGUUCAGCAACUGAGACUGUCAUGAAGUUUUUCACUUCUCCUGAGAACUACGAGACGUAUACCCAGGCUAAGCUACAUACCCAGUGGCCUGGUACUGGAGCUAAUGGCGACCCUGUGUACAACCAGUUCAAGAAGUCGCUAAUUCCUCUUACUACCAACUUCGUCUGCCAAGAGAACGCUCCCCGCGCUGGUGGUUGCGAGCUGCUCUUGCUUCUUGGAGAGAAGGCUUUCCUCAUCUCUCAUUCUCUUGGUAGCAGGAACCCUCUUCUGCUUUCCAACGAUUGCCCCGAGUACAUCGCUGGCAGCAUCAAUCUCGAGGCUACGACUCCACUUUUCUGGUUCUAUGCUGAGGGGCUAGGUGGAUAUGCUGGAUCGCCUUGGGGUUUGACCAACACACCUGUGACCUACGACCCCCCUGUCAGCGGCCCAUCCGAGCUUGAAAGCAAGUCCGUUGGUGAGGAGACUCUCGCUCACCGCAACUGCUAUCCCCAAGUCACGCCCGCACGCAAGCUUCCUCAGAUCAACAAGGUCCCUUAUCUGCUCCUGGCUGGUGAACAGGCUGGUGGCAAGCCUCAGUGGAUCAAGUUGGGGGAUUGGGGUUUCAAGGGCAACGGUCAUUUCUUGUAUGUUGAGAAGAACAACAUCCAGAUUACUGGUAUCGUCGAUACCUGGGUGCAGAAAAAUUCUUUUAAUGGCACAAAUAGUGCUUAA